CAGUUAGCAGAAUGAAUGGAAUGGAGUGGAGUGGAGUGGAGUGCUGCCGAUGGUGGUGGAGCUGUCGAAGGCCUAACCUAAGCAACAUAAUCGCCAAAACGUGCGGCAAUUACAUGGAUGCUUGAAGAACUGAAUGCCAAACAUCUGCUGCUGCUGCUGCUGCCACGUAUAUAAUUUGCAAUGGGAACCCAAGAAAAUUCAAUUAACAGACUGGGGAUACAGACAGACACGUGCCGUCACACACCGAAGACGCUGACGCGCUCCCGACUAUAAAACUCAAUAGAAACGAACAAAAACCAUCUAUGUACUCCAUGUGGAGGACCCACUCAGACGGACACACUCCACGUUCAUAUAUACUCGUACUCGUACUCCAACUCGUACUCGUAAUAGAUGGAGAAUCACCAGUCGAUUUCAGCACUCCUUCUGUUAUUAAUCUUAAUGGGAGGGCUAUCGCAAUCGCAGGCCUGGAAAGAUCAGAGGGAAGACGAUGACACCUCAGACGAUGAGACGAUCAUGGAGCGUCGCUGGCAGAUUGGCUACGAGCAGUAUCGCAUUCUCUGCGAGAAGUUUGAGGAGAAGAAGAAGGACACAUCUCCAGUGAGCACUCGCAUCGCUGGCGGAGAGCUGGCCGACGGAGGAAUGUUCCCCCAUCAAGUGGGUAUCAUCGUGCAACUGAGUAAUGGCGAUCUCAUACAGUGUGGGGGCUCCCUCGUCACUCUCCAAUUCGUUUUGACGGCUGCCCAUUGCCUGACGGAUGCCGUCAGUGCCAGGGUUUAUCUGGGGGUCAUUCAGUUGGCUGAAAGGGGAGGGGCCGCAGAAGAGUUUCUCGUUUCGCACCAGGAUUUCGGGGUCUAUCCGGGAUACUUGGGCUUCGGGGCAUACAAUGAUCUGGCAUUGAUUCGCCUGCCCAGGAAGGCCAUCCCCUCAGACCGAGUGCAAACCAUCGCCCUGGCGGGGGAUUUCAUGCAACAAAAGUUCGUUGAGCGGCAGCCAGCUACCGUUUCGGGCUGGGGCAGCUUAGGGGACUCAGCCGUGGAAAGAACCCGACUGCUCCACUAUCUGGAUGUGGAGGUGCUCGACCAGGAGCGAUGCAUGUGCGCCUUCCUGCCCGGAUUGGUUAGCACGCGGCGACACCUGUGCACCGAUGGACGGGGCGGACGUGGCGCCUGCCAGGGCGAUUCCGGAGGCCCCCUGGUCUACCAGUGGCGCAACGUCAGCUACCUGAUUGGAGUAACCUCGUUCGGGAGCAUUGGGGGCUGUGAGCUGGGUGCCCCGACUGUCUACACCAGGAUAACCGCAUAUUUGCCAUGGAUCCGACAGCAAACGGGAAUGACCAACUAAAUGCAAUUAACGCCUAAUUGUCGGCCAUUAAUUGCUAAACAAUAUAGUCGAGCGGGCGGACCAGACAAACAAUAAAACCAAUUUGAGCAGCAGAAAGCCACACAAUGAAAUGGAGUCAGCAGCCAGCAGUGGACCGGAGGGAGACCUCUCUUUGGUUAGGUGAAAAUGGUAUUUUUUACGAGUACAAGGGGGCUGCUUUUCGCCCUUUGAGUGGAAUGGAAAUUGUAUCGGAUAAAUAACAAUAACAUCAGAAUUUCUGUAGCCAAUUUGGCAGUAAGAAUACAGCCCAAUAAAGGGGGCCAAUAAAGAAGCAUUCUGAUGAACGAAA